AGAGGCAAAUAAUCUACAUAAAAUUGUCUACAAAAAAGGUAUAGUACACUUUUUGAAAGGAUCGAUAUUUAAAAAGAUAUUAAAGAGGGAAAGUUAAUCAAAAUCAAUUCUAAAGUUCCUUUUCUUUAGUUUUUCGUAAAUAAUUUGUAAAGUAUGACCCAUAACAAAAAAAAAAUGUCUGAUACAUAAAUAAUAACCUUAACAUUUUCUAUAACAAACAUACACAACACUUUGCGCUAGGAUCAAUAUUUAAUUUAAAAAGAUACUAAGCGGGAAUAUUAAUAAAAAUCAAUUUUAAAGACCCUUUUGGUUUUUCAUAAAUAACUUUUAAACGGUAGGUAGUAAAACACGUUCUUAUACAUAAAUAAUGCACAUAAUAUUUCCUACAAAAAACAUAAAGGGCCUACGCUAGCUGACGCAGACGCCCGCCGCGUGCGCACGCACGCGGGUGCUAUUUGUAGGUGAAAAUAGGUUUUUUUUUUUUUACAAAAUUUUAUGUAGAUUAGUCGUAUUUUUGUUUCAGAACAUUUUUUGAUUUGGGCCACCGUUUACGGAUUAUUUACGAAAGACUGAAAAAAUACCUUGAAAUUGAUUAUAAUUAAUAUCUCAUUAAAUAUUGAUCCUAGCGAAAUCAUGUACGGAACUUGUAGAAAUCUUUAUUUUUAUUAUGUGUAUAACAUUUUUUUUGCAAUGGGCCACCGUUUACGAGUUAUUUGUGAAAAACUAAAUAAUAGGGACCUGUGAAUUGAUUGUGGUUUACUUCUCCCUUUAAUAUUGUUUUAAAUAUUGGUCCUAGAGAAAAUUGUUCUAAAGGUUUUUUCUAGAAAAUGUUGUGUUAAUUAUUUAUGUAAAGGACCCUGUUUUGUUAUGACCUGCGGUUUACGAGUUAUUUACGAAAAACCAAGAAGCGACUCUAAAAUUGAUUAUUAUUAAUAUUCCCGCUUUAUUGUCUUUUUAAAAAUUGAUCCUAGCGAAAAGUGUCCAAUAUGUUUUUUGUAGAAUAUUUUACGUUUAUAUAUUUUAUAUAAACUAAAGAAAAGGAACCAUAGAAUUGAUUUUAAUUAAAUUUUGCUCUUUAAUAUGUUUUUAAAUAUUGGUCCUUUAAAAAAGUGUACUGGAUCUUUUUUUUGUAGAAAUUUUUAUCUAGAUUAUUUAAGUUUAACAACGUUUUUUGGUAUUGGCCACCGUUUACGAGUUAUUUAGGAAAAUAUAGAAAAUGGACCAUAUAAUCGAUUUUUUAAUUAACUUUCCCGCUUUAAUAUCUUUUUAAAUGUUGAUCCUAGAGAAAAAGUGUAUGGAAUCUUUCUUUAUAGUAGGAAAUUUUAUAUAGAUUAUUUGCGUCAAAGAAUGUUUCUUGUUAUGGGCCACCGUUUACGAGUUAUUUAAGAAAAACUAAAAAAGGGUAACUAUAUUAUAUUAUAUUAUAGCUUUAAUAACUAUAAGCAUUUAUAGCUUUUUCUUUCCGUGGGUUUAUUCCGUGACUGUCUAUGAAUUUAAAAAAAAAACACAGCUCGUGUGUAAUGUGCUUUAGGCUAUGGUCAUGCAAACGGACGAAAUGAGUGAACGAAUGAAACGCAAAUUGGCGGGAACGAGAAAAUCAAGCGUCUUAUUUUCGGGUCCGUGACGUGUGAAAGUUUGUAGUUUGCAAGUAAAACAACUAAAAUUUGAAAAAUAAAAUGUUUUAUCCGGUGAAUUCACUGAAAAAAGGCGGCAGAUUUCAUUUAUGUUGGGUGGCGGAUUCCUGGCCUGACUGUUUUUCUUCGAUAACUCAACGCCAACUAUGGUCUCAAGAUAUAAGAAAACUUUGCGAUGACUUAUUACAAGUUAUGACCAAUGAGUCUGGUCGCGUCUCACACCGAUUUUCGCUCCGUCUCAGCUCUCAACUCAUGCGGGGAUUAGUCCGGCUGUAUCAGAAGAAAGUCAACAGCAUGUUAACUGAGUUAUGCAUGCUUAAUGCAAGAAUUAUGAAAAACUCAAACAAAAAAUACAACAUCCAAGAUGAAGCAGAAGAGGUGCAGAGACAUAUGGUGCCGAUGUUGGAGCUGUCAGCUCCGUUGAGGGAGCCUGUCCCAGAGCCAGAGGAAAGAGUCGAGGAAAUGAUACUGCAAAGUGGUAAUGCCGUGGCCAACAUUGAAGACAUCACACUGAAAGAAGUUGCCAUUUCCGACUUUCAACUUCCACUGAAUGACGGUUUCGGCGAGGUGAACCCCAACCAGGCGUUGGAGCUGCUGCUGCUGGAGGACCGCACGCUGGAGCACAUGCUGGGUGCGCCGGACGCCAGCCAGCCCGCCACCAGCGCCGCCGGCCCCUCCGGCCUCCAGCUGGACCGCACGCUGGAGCACAUGCUGGGCGCGCUGGACGCCAGUCAGCCCGUCGCCGGCCCCUCCGGCCUCCGGCUGGACCAUACCAUGGAGCGCAUGUCCGACCAUGAGACCACUUUAUUCAGGAAAUCUAUAGCGCAGGAUCUAUUGCCUGAGGAAUUUGAAAAAGGUAUGCUAUUUAAGUUGGAGCUAAUGUACCUACUUGCGAAUCAAUUCCUUCCCCUACGACUUACCAGUUCCCAGCACAUCCUAAAAUUCAAUGAUUUAGUGCUCCCGACGCCGGAGCCGGCGGCGCCCGCGCAGGCCGCUCCGCCCGCGCAGCUCCCCGCGGCGGCACCGCAAGAGCCGGAGAUCGUCACAUUAGAGACACUGGAAGAAGGGGAGCCGCAAGCCAAGCGCCGCAGGAGGAACAAGUUGAUCAUAGACAAGAAACAUCAGCUCUCCAAGAAGUUCCUUCGCCCGAGGAUCGAGAAUAUUCAUGUCGACUUGCGCUGUGAGGAAUUUUCCGAAGACAUCGUGGACCUGCGCGUGCCGGCGGAGCUGCUGCUGCAGCGGCCCGCGCGAGCCGGCGCCCGCUUCCCGUGCCGCGUGGCGCGAGCGCUCUGCCGCCUCUUCUCCCGCAACCUCGGCCUGGCCGCGCACGCGCACGUCGAUCAGAGAGAAAUGGAGCUCGCUCUUGCUUCGCGCGCUCGACGCGCCACCGUCCAAGUUCUCGAGCCCAUCCCCGAAGAACCACAAGUGCAAAUGCAGGAGCAAGUGGUUGAACCACAAAUACCGGAGCUCCAACUACCGGUAGAGGAGCAGACCGUUCUGAACCAGUCCAUCACUGCGGUGCCGGAUCUUAGCGCUGUCGACGUGGGGAAGGACAUUGCCGACUGCCCGACGCAAAAGCUGGCGGCUGAAACUCAGAAGAGGUCUUCGCGAGAGGAUCUAAAUAUAAGUCCAACAAAAAAACCGAGAUGCGGAUACACAUCCUUCACAGGGAGUCAAUCCCAAAACCUCGUUGCGGUGGAGCCAGAAAUCGUCGAAAAAGAGAACAUCCCAGAAAACUGGCAGACCAUAGCGCCACGUCAUGAAGAACAGCCGAUUAUACCAAACAUUGAGAUACAACGACCGUCCGAUCCAGAACGAGUCCUGAGUUCACUGUUACAAAGGGCGGGUCUGUCCGACAUGCCUCCGGCCAGUCCCGCGCGGCCGGCGCAGGAGGCGGCGCGCGGAGCCCGCCCGGGCGGCAGCGACAGCUCGGAGACCAUGCUGGGCAGCCUGGACCGCACCAAGGUGUCGCUCGGCGAUUCCGACCAGACCACUGACUCCAAGAGGAUUAUUCGUGAUGAAUGGGGCACGGAGGGCACCAUGACGAAAAUUUUGAAGAUGGUAAAAGCGGAGAUCAAGCCUGUGAAUAUAAACUCUCUCUUGUCAUUGGGGCCUGUGGUUCCGGGCCACAAGCGCAUUAUCGCAGCUCGGUGCUUCAGUUCAAUACUGAAACUGAAACAACACGAUCUUAUAAAAGUUCAUAAGGAUCCGAACACUUUGGAGAUACUGGACAUUGUUUUGGGUCCUAAAUUUAAUAUCCAUUAGUAUUUUUAAUUUCCUCUCUACUAAUGCAUUAGUUCAAUAUAGCUUGACAUGAAAAUAUUUUUCACAACACCAACUGCUAAAGGCCCUCUUGAUUUUCAAUGAUAUUUUUUAUGACGAUCAUUUGGAUUUGAUUUAAUUUGAUUAUUUUGGUAUAUCAUAGUUUCCUUGCGUUGUUGUGGUGAAAUUUUUUGUUACACUCUGAGGCAAAGUUUGUUUAACCUUAUGGGUCACGCUCAAACAGUUCCGCAGGGCCAGUGACUCACAUGUGAGUUCUAAUUUGACGUAAUAACUUAUGUAUCCACUAAGUUAACAACCAUAAGGUAUAUUACGAUUAAAAAUGUUAAACACGUAUUUUUAAAUGAAAAUAAAGCCUAGAAUAUUCAAUUUUGGUGUACUAUCAGUGCAAUAUAGUAAAUAUACUGAAUUCUAGAUACAUACGCGUUGCAAGCAAAGAGAAAAAUCCAUAUUUUAAAGAUACUAAAAAUAUGUAUAUUCUAGAAGUUAUUGAAGUGGUUCAAUUUUGAAAUAUUUCGCUUGAUUAUUAGCACGAGCUGAUAAACAACAACUUUGCCUCCUGAUUUUGAUGAUUAUUGUUAUUUUUAUAGUCUGUUUCAUUAAUUAAACAUUAAUUAAUUA